CCCCUCCUCAAUCAAACCACCAGAACAACCAGCAAAGCCUUCUUGCCAACAAUGAAUGCCUAGCUGAUGCACAAAUACCAGCUUUAUAAGAGACGCUCGACGUCAACAAACCCUCUUGUUCUUCCCUGACGCUUCAGCCAAAAGGAUUCUCUCGGUCACCUUGAAUCUCGACUCCACGCCGGAUCCAGCCUCACCCACCCUUACUUCGCUACCUCUCUUUCCUUUCAUUUCACUGCUUUGAGCCCACCCCUACCCAUAGAAACUCUCAUCGUAGUUCGGGAGCUUUGCCUCGACUACCUGCAGCUCCAUUCGCCUUGAGAUUGCUCAGACCAGCCCUCCAGUGUCGCCGCGCAAAGCAUUCAUGCCACAAGAGACUCCCGAGUUCCAUACAAAGACUUUGUCGCCGGUUUCUCCCCUUCCAAUCCAUCCAGUCGAGCCAUCCAACAUAUCUGUUCUUCGAAACCAAACCGACCCAAUCUUCAAUAUGACUUCGACGCACCUUGAUCCUGCCCCUCCCUCCCCAGCUGUAGCUGCGACGGCAGAACAUUCUUCCGAUUCCAUACCAGUGAAGCCCGAUUCCCCAUCAGCCGAGUCAAGCUUUUCCGACGCGUACAAGGAAGAAUCAGAGAAGGAAAUGGAAGAGAAGAAGGAUACAAUUGUCAACGAAAGUUCAGAUGUCAGCGACGACUAUGCUAUGACAUUCGAUUCUGAGGGAGAAGAACGCGCAGAUAGUGGGGAUAUAGCACAGGCAAACAUUGAGCCAGAGCCAACAUCUCUACCUGCUCAGACUACUCUAUCUUCUCCUCCUGUUCCCUCAAUCGACACUUCUAUCGCCCAAAAUGCUUUCCAACCGGGCCCAGCUGCCAUCCCCAUCCCUCCCAGCCCUUCUACCCUCCCAAGUACCGCCCAUGCCUCCGAAGGCUCUGAUGCCAGUACAGCCCCAAUCCCGAUGGAUACGACAGAAACCACACCUCACACGUAUGAAGCCAUUGCGAGUGGCGACAUAGACAUUCAGCAGCUGUUGGACAACAUUACAGCCAAUGCCGAAAAGAAUGAAUCAACUACUGCUGCCACUAAUCCAAUUACCCAGCCAUCUGCGUCUAUCCCAAAAGCCAGCUCCGGGCUCCCCACUCAUUCGAGUUUGCCUCCACGCCCUAAUCUUCCCCACAAGCGACCUUAUGAUGAUCAUCCAAAAUAUCAUGCAAAUGCUCCAGGUCUCCCAACCGCCGCUAGCUCAUAUAGACCUCCUGGGGUUGCUUCAGCUCUUAUUGCUGCUGGUGCUCCAGGUACGUCUACUGAUCCUAGAAGCGGGCUUCCCCCUCCACCCACUGCAUCAUUCCGGCCUCCGCCACCCUCCGUACUUAGUCCCAUCAACCAAGCUUCCAGUUCCCAGAUCAAUCGUUUGUCUGCUGCUCAAGGUCAGCAGACUCAAAGCGUUGAAUCUCAGGAAGAGGCUGAUGAAAUAGAUGCGAAAUGGGGUCCGGAGGUCCAGAAAGUUUACGAUGAAUUCCUUGACAAUGAGCGCAUGUAUGUCACAGAAGGACUGUGGGAUAGAUUUCCUUUGAACUCUCGACUCUUCAUAGGAAAUCUUCCAAGUGAGAAGGUCACAAAGCGAGAUAUAUUCCACGUUUUCCACCCGUACGGAAAGAUUGCUCAGAUUUCGAUUAAGCAAGCUUACGGCUUUGUCCAAUUCCAUGACAGCUCGGCUUGCUUUGCAGCUCUUGAUCGAGAACAAGGGGCAGAAGUUAGGGGGAAGAGAAUGCAUCUGGAAAUUUCGAAGCCACAGAAGAGCACUCGUAACACAUCAUCCACUGCCACGACGGUUGUGCGUAGAUCGAGAUCACCUGACUAUUCCAGAGGAAGCAUGCCUGACCGUGGUGGCCGCCAUCCACAAGGAGGUCGGAACGGAGAUCGAUACGACGGUCGCUCUGGACAGCAACCCAUGCGCCAAGAUGAAUAUGGGCGCCCAUUGCGUAUGCGGGAUGAUUAUCGGCCUCUCAGACAAGUAACCCCGCCCCGAGGAAAUCCACGCAGUCGCGAUGAGUAUCCUCCUCGUCGGGACUCUUACGAUGGCCGCGAGAGACGCCGAAGCCGCUCUCCACCUGCAGGCUAUGGUAAUCGGGAUAAUGGACGAUAUAGAGAGAGAAGCUUGAGUCCUAGAGCCCGAGAGGCUUUGGAGGACGAGGAUCUUCAAAUCCCUCGACGCGAUCCUAGAGCCGUUCCUGACGUCCAAAUUAUUUUACUGGAUCAACUCGACCGGGCAUUCGUCUCCUGGGUUGAGUCUGAGAUGCGGAGCCGAGGUGUAAACGUAGAAGUUAUGUUCCUCAGUCCACGACUUCCGCUUCAAGCAGUUAUCCGACGACAGAUCAUCGAAGGUGUCCAUGCCGUUUCGAAGCUGGACAUGAGAUCUCAAAAUCAGAGCAAAAUUUCGCUUCAGGUCUUUGACCGCCAAGGAGGAGCGAACAAUGUUCGAUUCGACGAGUACCAGGAUCUUGAUCCAAAAAUUGCUGCUGAGCUUGUCAUCCGCGCAAAGCACACCCCGCCACAAGUCCAUCAACCUCAAGCAUACGCUCCACCGCAGUAUGCUCCGGUCCAACCCCCCUAUCAACAACCGGCUCCUGCGCCAGUUACUCCUAACCUUGCUAGCUUGGUUGGGCAAUUGGACAAUGCUACAUUGCAGAAGCUUCUGAGUACUCUUCAACCGCAACAGCAGCAGAACAAUCAUGCUGUUGCCGCAAACUCCUCGAUUGAUCUUGCCGGUCUCCUUGGUGGAUUUGCACCACAACCACCUCAGCAGCAAAACUAUCAACCUCAGCCCCAACCUCAGCCCCAACACCAACCUGCUGCUGAUCCAUACGCGAAUCUUGCCAUUAACCCGGCUCUGGCCUCGCUUCUCGGUAACGGUGCACCGGCACAACAACCAGUCCAAACACAAACACCUGCGCAAACAGCACCUCAGCAACAAGUCCAAAAUAUCAUGGCUCAACUUGCUAGAUUCCGGCAAUGA